GAUGCAGAAAUAGCAGCUAAGAUGCAGGACCUAGCUUUAGCCGAGGGAGCCCUGCCUAAACAUUUACAUACUGCUAUGUUUACUCAAUCAUCUGACAACAGAAUGCUCACAAAUAGACAGCUAAGUCGCCAUCUAGUGGGAUUAUGGGUAACAGGUCACCCAACAGCGAUGGGAUUACUGCGAAGGUUGUUGCCAAGUGGGUUGCUAAGUUACCUUGACUCGACAGAUGACGUACCCAUUCAUGAGGAUGACAAACUACAUGUUCGAGACAACGUAAAGCUUGCUCAGGACCAUCAGAACAAACAUAAAAAGAAUCUACAUAUUCAAAUGAUAGAGAAAAAAGUAGACCAAGUAUUACAGCAUUGGAGGGCUAGGAUAGGCUUAGAAAGUAAACAGCAUAAAGAACAAUUGCCAAUUACACUGAGGAAAAGAAGGCAGAGGAUAAAGAGUGAGGCAAACUGGCCGUUAUUCUACUACCACUUUAAUAUUGACCAUUCUAAACCCAAUCUCAUCUGGAACUACAAGACAAGAGAAGAAUUGAGGGAAGCAUUGGAGAAUGAGAUGAGGGCAUUUAACGUAGACAAGGAGCUAGGCUCAAACUGUAUUAUAGGCUGGAAUCACCAGGAAUUUGAAGUGCAAUAUCACUGUUUAUCUGAUGAAAUCAAAAUAGGUGAUUAUUACUUACGUCUGCUGUUAGAAGAAGAUGACAACGAGUCAGAGGAAGUUAGUGCAAUAAAACGAUCAUAUGAGUUUUUCAAUGAUCUGUACCACCGAUUUUUAUUGACCCCAAAGAUCAACAUGAAGUGUAUGUGUCUACAAGCUAUGACGAUUGUAUAUGGAAGGUGUCACGAUGAAAUUGGUGCUUUUAAUGAUACUAGAUAUAUAGUAGGCAUGUUAGAAAGGUGUACAGAUAGAUUGGAAAGAGAUCGACUUGUGAUGUUUCUAAAUAAACUCAUCCUUCAUCCUAGAAAUGUCAAAGAAAUCAUGGAUGCCAAUGGAAUCAAAACUUUAGUUGACCUUUUGACCCUAGCUCAUUUACAUAUCACCAGGGCAACGGUUCCGCUACAGACCAAUGUGAUAGAAGCAGGGGCAGAUAUGAAACGAGAAAGUGAGAAGGAAUGGUACUACGGAAAUAGGGACAAAGAACGCCUCGGACCCUACAGUUAUGAUGAGCUGAAAAGGUUUUAUGAUGAAGGAACUGUUCAUGCCAAAACUCGCUGCUGGGCUCAAGGAAUGGACGGAUGGCGCCCCCUACAAUCUGUUCCUCAGUUAAAGUGGACCUUGUUAGCCACCGGUCAGGCGGUUAUGAACGAAAGUGACUUAGGCUGUCUCAUACUUAAUAUGUUCAUUAAAAUGUGUGAAUACUAUCCCAGUAGAGACGUAGAUGGUGCUAUAGUAAGACCACUUCCAAGAAUAAAAAGAAACCUCUCUGAUGCCAUGUGUCUUCCGCAUAUUGUACAGUUGUUGCUGACAUUUGAUCCCAUUCUGGUAGAAAAAGUUGCAUAUUUAUUACAUGAAAUCAUGGCUGACAAUCCAAAUGUGUCUCGGCUAUACUUGAAUGGAGUGUUCUUCUUCAUUAUGAUGUAUACAGGCUCUAAUGUGCUGCCCAUUGCAAGAUUCCUCAAGUAUACACAUGUGAAACAAGCCUUCAGGUCAGAUGAGAAUCAGACCUCGGACCUGAUGUCUCGGAGUGUACUAGGUCACAUAUUACCAGAGGCCAUGGUGUGUUACCUGGAGAACUACUCUCCUGAAAAAUUUGCUCAGAUUUUCCUCGGAGAGUUUGACACUCCAGAGGCAAUAUGGAAUGCAGAAAUGAGGCGAUUAAUGAUAGAGAAGAUUGCCUCACAUCUGGUAGAUUUUAGUCCUCGGUUGAUGAGUAACACACGAGCUCUGUACCAGUACUGUCCUAUACCUGUGAUAAACUAUCCACAACUAGAGAAUGAGCUAUUCUGUAAUAUAUAUUAUCUAAAGCAUCUCUGUGAUACAACAAAAUUCCCCGACUGGCCCAUCAAAGAUCCGGUUAAAUUGUUGAAAGAUAUUUUAGAAGCUUGGAAGAAGGAAGUGGAGAAAAAGCCAUCUUCAAUGUCUUUAGAAGAAGCCUAUCAGGUGCUCAAUCUAAAAACAGGUGAAGGAGGACAUGAGGAGAGUAAGGUUAGGAAGGCGUAUUUCCGGCUGGCCCAGAAAUACCAUCCUGAUAAAAAUCCAGAAGGCAGA